AUGAGCAAUCCUGGCUCUUCAGGCCGGUUACUUCCCAUCGGCGAGGGACCUCGAGUGAUAGUGUAUCACCAAACACAUCAUGGGCCAAAUAACGGACCGCCCGUCAGCCUGCUGCCGCUCAUCACAAAUUCCACCGGCGUCACCCAUGUCAUCGUCGCGGCCAUUCAUCUGAACGAUCCCCCGGGAAACAUCACUUUGAACGACCAUCCACCGGACCACGAGAGAUUCAAUACUCUAUGGUCCGAAGUAGCCUGGCUCCAAGCCAGUGGCGUCAAAGUCCUCGGCCUGCUCGGCGGAGCUGCCAAGGGCUCCUACGAGAGACUCGAUGGAAGCGAUACCGCCCGAUUUGAAUCCUACUACGUACCCCUCCGGGAUAUGAUCCGGCGGCAUCGACUGGAUGGUCUGGACCUCGAUAUCGAAGAGCCUACCUCGUUGCCCGGAACCGUGAGGCUUGUCGAUCGUCUGCGUGCGGAUUUCGGACCUUCCUUCCUCAUCACGCUGGCACCUGUUGCUACGGCCCUCUUGCCGAAUCAGCCGCACUUGUCGGGACCGGCGUUUGAUUAUCGACUCCUCGAGCAGAUGCGAGGACAUGAGAUUGCGUGGUAUAAUGUGGGCAACCCCCACCCUAAAAACCCCCCAUUCGCCAUUUUCGUCGCGCACCCUGUUUUCUUUUUCUUCGCUGACGAGGAUUUUUCUAGACACAAUUCUACUGCGGCUGGGGAGAUGCGAGCUCCACGGCAUGGUACGACGCCAUCAUGAGCGUCGGAUGGAAACCGGAAAAGGUGGUCUUCGGUCUCAUCACCAACCCGGCAAACGGAGCGGGACACGUCGAAUGGGCGCGCCAGGAACCCGUCCUGAGAGCGCUCCGGCAGAAGUAUCCCAAUUUCGGGGGCGUCAUGGGAUGGGAGUUUUUCAAUUCGCUGCCUGGUGAUAGCGCGAGGCCGUGGGAAUGGGCUGCGAAUAUGGCACGCACGAUCAGGACGCCGGCGCCUCAGCCUCCGCCCCCGCCGAGGCCGAUGCCGAUUCGACCUUAUGGACAGGCGGCGCCGUCGCCGCCGCUCUCGCAGCCGCCACAUCCUUUCCCCGAGGAGAGUGUACGGACUCUGAAAGAAUUGGGCUUCUCGGAUCAGCAGGCCAUUGCUGCUCUGAACAGCACGGGCGGGAAUGUGGAAUAUGCUGCGGGUUUGCUGUUUCAGGACUGA